AUGUCAAAAGCUAUUCAUAGUCAUGGUAAAACUCGAAACAAGAAACAAGCAUUUGAUCCACCCACCUACAGACUUGUUGUCAUGACAGCCGUUCUUUUCAUCCUAAUAGUCACAGCCAUUGCUGUGUUUCAAAGAAAUGACGCAAAACAUUCUCAGUCACAGAAUUUGCGAAGAUCCUCAAAGCCCAUCGACUUCUUAGAUACAAAAGGAAGGAAAUUUCCUUGGCAAAACCUAAGACUGCCUAGGGAUAUUCGUCCUGUGGAAUAUAAAAUAAUGAUUUACCCAAAUUUCAAAACGAAAAUGUUUAGUGGUACCGUUAAAAUAGAAACUCUUAUCAAAAAGCAAACUCGCUUUAUAACAUUGCAUGGAAAAUAUUUAAAUAUAAUAGAUAUUAAGGUAUAUAUUGCAAGUGACAAUGACAAAUCAUCCACUAAAUGUGAUGUGCAUGGAUGGUACGAGAGCAAGGAACUCGAGAUGUAUAGCUUCGAAAUGGCCGAGAUACUUUUGGAAGGCAGGAAUGUCAGUAUACUCUUGUCUUUCGAGGGCAAAUUAGAGAGAAAACUUUAUGGAUUAUAUCUCAGUAAUUACACUACACCAGGAGGCCAUAUCAAAUAUCUGGCUGCAACAAUGUUCGAGCCGACAGGCGCAAGAGAAGCAUUUCCUUGUUUCGACGAACCAGACAUGAAGGCUAAGUUCGCUAUGUCCAUCGUUCGCUCUAAAAACCACAUCUCAUUAUUCAACAUGCCUCUCCUUACCUCGGAACCGUACAGUGAAGGGCUUAUUGUGGACACAUUCCAGCAGAGUGUCAAUAUGAGUACAUAUUUAGUGGCCAUGGUAGUGGGUGAUUAUGAUCAUGUGACCAGCACCACUUUACAGGGCACCGAGGUAAGUGUAUAUGCACCAUCCCACCAGAUAAAACAGACACACUUGGCUCUUGACACGGCUGUCAAAGUUCUCAACUUCUACAACAAGCUGUUUGGUAUCAAUUAUCCGUUACCUAAGCAAGAUCUUAUCGCCAUUCCUGAUUUUGUGGCCGGUGCAAUGGAGAACUGGGGUUUGAUAACAUUCCGAUUGACCACCCUUCUGUACGAUCCGGACGAGUCGUCGGCAGCCGACCUCGAACUUGUUGUUACAGUGAUAGCUCAUGAACUAGCUCAUCAGUGGUUUGGUAACCUAGUAACCAUGAGGUGGUGGAAAGACAUCUGGUUGAAUGAAGGAUUUGCGACCUUGGUGCAGUACCUUGGCGCGAACGAAAUCGAUAAGUCCAACAACAAGAUGGAUCUGUUCGUUAAGAAUGAAAUGAUGUAUGCGAUGGGCAUGGAUUGUGAGGGCAGCUCCCACCCUAUCUCAGUGAAAGUGUCGAACCCGAAUGCAAUUGAAAAUUUGUUUGAUGCAAUCUCUUACAGCAAAGGAGCUUCAUUGAUACGUAUGUUGGGUAACCUAAUGGGUAGAACAAAAUUCUGGGAUAAAAUUAAGGAAUACCUCAACAGAUACAAGUAUGCUAACGCCAGAACAGAGGACUUAUGGGAUAUCUUCUCGGGGCAGAUGACUGUGACUACGAUGAUGGACACGUGGACCAAACAGAUGGGCUAUCCAGUCGUGACAAUGAACCGCAGUGAAGAAUUUGUACAAGUUACACAAGAAAGGUUCCUACUUGGCCCCGAAAAAGGACCGCCAAGUAAAUUCGAUUACAAAUGGUAUAUACCAUUCAGGUAUGCUGUAGCAAAUACGAGUGGUAUCGAUAACCACAUCAUCACCUUGAAUCCGGACGCUGAAGUGAAAUUCCAGGUAGAUAAGGACCAAGUGAAAUGGUUGAAGGGGAAUUAUGGGAUGUAUGGAUACUAUCGUGUCAACUAUGAGGAGAGAAACUGGCGAGCUCUCGUAAAACAACUCGCCGAUAACCACACAGUGUUUUCUACGGUCGAUCGAGCGGGUCUUCUCGAUGAUAUGUGUUACCUGGCAAGAGCAAAUAAAGUAUCGCAAACACUCGCAUUAGACAUGACAGAGUAUCUGAUCAAAGAAAAAGAGUAUCUCCCUUGGAGUGUAGCGCUUAACUGCCUUAGCUUUAUCGGGGAGCGACUGAGAAACACAGCGGUUUAUAGCAAGUUCCAGAAAUACAUGGAGUCUUUGAUGCAGCCUUUACUAGUUAAACUGGGAUUGGAGGACACUGGGCCACAAAUGGACAAAGUUCUACGAACCCUCCUUUUUAAAAAAGGAUUAGUAUUUGGACACACACUCGUUAUUACAAAUGGAAAAAAGAAAUUUGCAGACUGGAUGAAUAAAGGGAAAAAAUUGGGUGUGAAUUUAAAGGGUGAAGUUUACCGGACAGGAACGCAAUAUGGGGGUAAAACUGAAGCAGAUUAUGUUUUUAAAAUGUACAAAAAAGCUCAGAUUCCAUCAGAGAAGGAGAAGCUGCUGGUGGCAUUGUGCCAUACAAAUCAAACCGAAGUUUUACAGAGGUUAUUACAGGCAGUAGGGAAAGGAGAUAUCAUCCGUCACCAAGAUUUUCCUAUAGUGACAGAGGAGAUGUCCAAAAACCCCGCAGGACAACUGUUGAUCUGGGACUUUGUCAAAGGAAACUGGAACAGCAUUCUCAAAUGGUUUUCUGGUUCGCUGUUUGCCAUGCCUGGUAUCGUGGAAAGUGUCACGUCAUUUUUCUCUACGGAGAAGCAAUAUAAACAGGUGAAAGAGUUCUUCAAAGCAUGUAAUACCAGCGCUCUCGGAGGAGAAGUUAAAGCUAGUCUGAAUCGGAUCCGGAUGAAAAUUAAUUGGUUGAAGACGAAUGCUGCCAUAGUAACCAAAUGGUUUAAUGAUCGUAACAAUGUUUUUUAA